AUGAAGCAGAAAGCUAUCAGCUGGAACACGAGGUUCCUCUCCACUGCAGGGAAAGCUACAAUGCUCCAGUCUAUCCUGUCGCCCACUCCUACUUUCUCCAUGUCAUGUUUCAAGCUGCCUGCAUUACUCGCCAAAAUAGUCUGGAGACUGAUCACUAAGCCAAACUGUCUACUGGCUCGCGUUCUCCUGGGAAACUACUGCACCAAAACAUCCCUGCUCAAGGUUCCUUCUAGCCCGUCUUCGUCACAUGGAUGGAAAGGAGUAUUGUGGGGCAGAGACCUACUCUUGAACCACCUGGGCAAAGCCAUAGGAAAUGGAGAAUCAACAAGGGUGUGGGCUGACUCCUGGGUUAGUCCUACAGUAGACAUCAAACCGUUAGGACCAAUUCAGUUAAAAGACCAAGACCUACUUGUCUCUGAUCUUCUCUCACGGGAAACAAAGGAAUGGAACAAGCAUCUGGUGGAAAACACUUUACCUCACCUAGCGGAGCUCAUCCUCUCCAUAAGGCCCAACAUUCUUGGAACUGAAGAUUCCUUCAUUUGGACGCAACACCCCUCAGGCAUCUAUUCUGCGAAAUCAGGGUAUUACUCCUUUAUUCUCUCAAAGAUCCAGUCGACAAGUGAUCUUAUGAUUAGAGAUACCUGGAAUUGGGAAAAGAACAUUUGGUGUCCUCCGCUCCUCCCUAAAAUCAAGUUCUUUCUCUGGAAAUGCGCUAGAAACGCGCUACUGACGAGGGACGAUCUCCAACGCAGGAACAUAACUACUGAUGCUUCGUGUCUACGCUGCGCCUCAUGCCUUGGUCAGCCUUCAUUGAUUCAACCACAUGAACCUCUUUCAAAGGAGGAACUAGCGUCAUCCCGAUCGCGAAUCAUCCUCUCACCCGUAGGAAUCAUCUCUAAUCUGUUCCCAUGGAUCGUCUGGAACAUCUGGAUCUCCCGUAAUCACCUCUUCUUUGAGAAAAAAGCAACGUCACCACAUGAAGUAAUCAUUAAGGCUACUACAGCCUGCAAGGAGUGGGAAUGUGCUCAGAACAAACAGAUCAUACCAGCGCAGCAAAAAAACCCUUAUCUCCCGCCACCACAACCACUGGCUGAUACCGUCAUGUGUUAUACAGACGCAGCUUGGAAAUCGAAUCUCAGAGCGGUCGGCCUUGCAUGGAUCUUCACCGAUCACAACAGCACAGAGAUUUCUAGAGGAUCUUGCUACCAAGACAACGUUUCAUCUCCCCUCCUAGCAGAAGUUCUAGCAAUCCGAUCUGUGCUCACCCAAGCUGCUUCCCUCAACCUCAACCAAAUCUAG